GGCCGUUAGCGGUCCCCUUCUGUCAACGGUCAGCGUCGCCUAGGUCUCCGCGGCCCCAGUCUCCCUGCGUCGCAGUCCGCGUGACCCUGCCUCCGUUUGCGCGCUCGCCCCCUUCGUCGGCGCAGUCACCGCGCGGGGCGGCCGCCCGUGAGGUAGCUCCCACGGCUUGUGACAACGAAUAAAACUCCGGGACAGCGGCGCCGUCGGCGACAGCUGGGCGGGCGGCCCCGGCCGGGAGCGGCGGCUCGUGCGCUACCGUGAGGAGCGAGCGGCGGAGGCGACCUCCGGCCCGGCCCCGCAGCAGCCGCCCGGCAGGCGCGACAUGAGCCUGGUCUGGCUUCCGCGGAAUGCUCCUUGAGCCCCCUCUCCGGCUGUUACCUGUGGGGGACGGUUGUGGCCUCACCGACACGUAUUCUCCAAAUAAAUCAUUGUUUAUUCUUGCGGCGGCGGGGCCGAACACGCUUAUUUAUUUUUAAUUUCUCAACCAGCUUUUGCCCGGCACUUACCACAGUGAAGCAACUUGGUAGCCAUUUCAAGGGAGCAUCCACUCGGCUAAGGAAUCUCGGACUGAGCAGCUUGUGGAAGCCCGAUUUCGCAACGUCCCUCCUCAGGUGCUUUGAAGAUUGUUGCGUACACUGUAACUAACAGUGUGCACAAAAUCUCACACAAGGAACGUCUUGGUCCAACGAUGCAAAGAGCUGAAGUGUCAAGCUGGCAGAGCCUGUAUUGUCCUCACAAUAGUACAGAAGAAUUCAAGAUAGAAAGGCAGUAACGAAUGAAGACUGUAAAAGAAAAGAAGAAGGAAUGUCAAAGAUUGAGAAAAUCUGCCAAGACAAGGAGGGUAAUCCAGAGGAAGCCAUCUUUAGGGCCUGUUUGCCGGCUAUGCCUUCGAGAACCUGGUGAUCCCGAAAAAUUAGGGGAAUUUCUUCAGAAAGGUGAUCUCAGCGUGCAUUAUUUCUGUCUUAUCCUAUCUAGCAAGCUGCCUCAGAGGGGCCAGUCCAACAGAGGUUUCUAUGGAUUCCUGCCUGAAGACAUCAAAAAGGAGGCAGCCCGGGCUUCUAGGAAGAUCUGCUUUGUGUGCAAGAAAAAGGGAGCUGCCAUCAACUGCCAGAAGGAUCAGUGCGUCAGAAGCUUCCAUCUUCCUUGUGGCCAAGAAAGGGGUUGCCUUUCACAGUUUUUUGGAGAGUACAAAUCAUUUUGUGGAAAACAUCGCCCAAAACAGGACAUCCAACAGGAGAACGUAGGGGAGGAAAGCUGCGUCUUGUGUUGUGAAAACUUAUCUCAAGCAAGUGUUGAAAACAUCCAGAGCCCAUGUUGUAGUCAGACUAUCUACCACCGCAAGUGCAUACAGAAAUAUGCCCACACAUCAGCAAAGCAUUUCUUCAAAUGUCCACAGUGUAACAAUCGAGAAGAGUUUCCUCAAGAAAUGCUAAGAAUGGGAAUUCAUAUUCCAGACAGAGAUGCUGCCUGGGAACUCGAGCCAGGGGCUUUCUCAGAUUUGUAUCAGCGCUAUCAGCAUUGUGAUGCCCCCAUCUGUCUGUAUGAACAAGGCAGAGACAGCUUUGAGGAUGAAGGGAGGUGGUGCCUCAUUCUGUGUGCUACGUGUGGAUCCCACGGAACCCAUAAAGACUGCUCCUCUCUUAGAUCCAACAGUAAGAAAUGGGAGUGUGAAGAGUGUGCACCUUCUGCUGAAGCCACAGACUACACACCUGAAAACUCAGGUGACAGCCCUUGCUGCAGCAGCACCUUGCAAUCCGGGGGGCAUUUCUGCAGAGACACCAGCCUGGAAGAGAAUCCAGGCCCUUCUUGGACUGAUUGGUCAGGACCUUCCUUAUUAGAAAAACCAGAGUCCUCUGGUGGCAGGAGGGGCCACUCCUGGCGGUCCAAGGGUGUCAAAAUCACUCAUUACUGCAAAAAAUCCAAGUAACAGCUUCUGAGUAGCCUUACCAAGCACAUUUGGGUAUGAAGCUGUGCUCUUCCAUCGGGUUUGGGGAACGAAGCUCCACAGGGAGCUCACAGUCUCACUGUGGGACUGUGAGACAAAGAAAAGGCCCAGCAGUGAGACUACGAACCAAGGAAAGAGAAGUCUCAGGGGAGCGUGAGGACAGAACAGAGUCCAGAUGUCGACCACAGAACAUGUUUGUGGCUAUGAAAGCACCUCUGUUUUUUCUGCCUGAUUCCCAGAGGGCCCUUUCUUCUCUUCCUCUUCCACUGAGAUUCUUCCACCUUAAUCUGGUUCUCAUAUGCCUCUUCCUACUUCCCUCACGUUUGUCAUUAUGCAAAUAAAGGUUUUCUCUCCA